AUGAACCCUGCUCGUGCUCAGAAAGUGAACAGAUUUAUCGUAAAUGACCAUUUCUCAAAAUUAAAAGAAAUUCUUUUGGAACUAGAUAUUAUGGAUAAGCCAGAAAGAAUUUUCAAUGUUGAUGAAAAAGGCUGUACGCUAAACUUGCAUCAUCAACCAAGUGUACUAGCAAAAAGAGGGGCAAAACGGGUACACCUGUUAGCUCCAGAGCACGGAGAAAACGUUACAAUUGUCUCCUAUGGCAAUGCCUUGGGUAAUUCUAUUCCACCGGCAAUUUUAUUCAAAGGUAAAAGGAUGAAGCCUGAAUGGAAACAUACGCUACCACCGGGAUCACUGGUCAAUAUGACUCCCACAGGUAACAUAAACGUUAUUACAUUUUGCAUUUGGAUUGAGCAUUUGGCUAAGUAUAAGCCCCCGGGAAAAUGUCUUUUGAUUUUUGAAGGUGCCAAAUGUCAUCUGGACCAUAAAAUCGUUGAUGUAGUAGAAAAGCAUGACAUUGUACUUUAUUGCUUGCCCAGCAAUACUACACAUGAGUUACAGCCAAUGGACAACGCGAUCUUUCGUUCCUUUGAAUACAACUGGGAUGAUAAGGUACUCCGGUAUUGGACAAGAUACAAAGAUCGAAACAUCACAAAGCAGCGAUUUGGUGAAAUUUUCAAUGCUGUGUGGGAUAAAAGUUUGACGCCAGCAAAUAUAAAAGCAGGCUUUGCCACAACCGGUAUAUUUCCAUUUAAUCCCGAAGCAAUAUCGGAAUUGGCAUAUGCUCCUAGUGAAGUUACCCAAGUGAGAGAUGAACCAGAAGGAUCCACUGCUAAACCUAUCUUCGAAACUACCAGAGCAGCAUCUCCUAAACCAGGCCCAUCAAAUUUCCGUAAACGGCCAAGAACACCGAGUAGCUCUUCUGGUGACAGCCCAGAAAAAGAAAACACGCCUCCAUUUCUGAUUACCUCGGAUUCAGACGAUGAUAUGUGCUCAUCAAACCAACCUCUGAAUAAAUCAUUAACAGAAAUGUUGGAAACCCCGGAUAAAAUUGUAAAAUCAGUAGAAAAUAUAAGGCAGAAGGCUAUAAACAGUCGAUCGCUUGUAGUGAAAAAGCAGUUUUUAACAAAAACUAUACAAGUACAUCCAAAGUUGCGUCAGCACCCAAAGGUAUAA